AUGGCCAUUCUCAACACUAACCCAGAGGUGCUCUUGAAAAAGAGAAAGGAUGCUGACAGAAAGAGAAUCCAGAAGCAAGAUGCUUUGCGUGUGAAAAAGGAGAACCGCGCAAGAAAGUCUGUGGCUCCAAAGGAUAAGUUUGUCCGUGCAGAGACUCUAGCCAUCAGAAACAGAGCCAUCUCGUUAGAGGACAAGAGAGUUGCCAAUGUGUUGAAGCAUGAACUGAAAGCCAACAGAGUUCUGUCCAGCAAAGAGAUCGACUCUAAGCUUGUGUUCAUCAUCCGCAUAGAUCCCAAGAACAAGACGCUGAAGAUCCCAGCCAAGGCCAAUGCCGUGCUUGAGGUUUUGCGUUUGACCCAGCCAAACAUGGGAGUUUUCGUUAAGAUGACCUCUACGGUGGCUCCAGUGUUGAAGCUUGUGGCUCCAUACAUUGUGGUAGGCAAGCCUUCCUUGGCUUCUGUUCGUGAGCUUUUCCAGAAGAGAGCUUGCAUUCCAAGUGUAGAUGAGGACCAGAACGAGGUUUUGGUCAAGUUAGACAACAACCAGGCCGUUGAAGACAAGUUUGGCGAUGAUUACGGCUUUAUUUGCAUUGAAGACUUGGUGCACGAGAUCGUCACCUUGGGCGAGGGUUUCAAGACUGUAAACCAAUGGAUUGCUCCAUUCAAGUUGACUGCGCCUAUUAAUGGGUGGGGCCCAUUGGCCAAGUUGGCAAGAUUGAGAUACGAAUCCGAAAGAAAAAAGAAGGUGUCUUUGGCUGGCCACGCCAACUUGGAGGAGAUUGACAUUGACAAGUUUAUUGAGGAGCAGAACUAG